GGAGGAUGCGGCGCGCCUAGCGCCGGCCGAGGCGGUGGGGCCGCGGCGGGGGCAGGGGCAGCCCUCCGCCGGAAAACUCCGCGCCGCCCCCCUUCCUCCUCCUCCUCCUCCUCCUCCUCCUUCUUCCUCCUCCUCCGCAGAGCCCCGGCACGGAGCGAUGCUUCCCCGGGCGGCGGGCGGCGAUGGAGCGGGGCGGUAGCGCGGCGGCGCGGUGCAGAGCAGCCCCCCGGGCGGCCGCCCGCUGCCCCUGAGCGGCCGGGAGGAGGAGGAGGAGGAGGAAGAAGAAGGAGAAGAAGAAGAAGAAGGCCGGGUGUGUGCGCGGGGCGGCGGCCCCGUCGGACCGCGGCCAUGGAGGAGUGGCGGCAGUGCGGCCGCUGGCUCAUCGACUGCAAAGUUUUGCCCCCCAACCACCGGGUGGUCUGGCCCUCGGCGGUGGUCUUCGACCUGGCGCAGGCGCUGCGGGACGGGGUGCUGCUCUGCCAGCUGCUCCACAACCUCUCCCCCGGCUCCAUCGACCUCAAGGACAUCAACUUCAGGCCCCAGAUGUCCCAGUUUCUCUGUUUGAAGAACAUCCGAACCUUCCUAAAAGUGUGUCACGACAAAUUUGGGUUAAGAAACAGCGAUCUGUUUGAUCCCUUUGACCUCUUUGAUGUACGGGAUUUUGGAAAGGUGAUCUCUGCAGUAUCCAGACUCUCCUUCCACAGUAUUGCUCAAACCAAAGGAAUUAGGCCCUUCCCGUCAGAGGAGACCACGGAAAAUGAUGACGAUGUAUAUCGGAGCUUGGAGGAGCUGGCGGACGAACAUGAUCUGGGCGAGGAUAUUUAUGACUGCGUCCCCUGUGAAGAUGAAGGCGAUGAUAUCUAUGAAGAUAUCAUCAGAGUGGAAGUUCAGCAGCCCAUGAAAAUGGGAAUGACAGAAGAUGACAAAAGAAAUUGCUGUUUGUUAGAAAUCCAAGAAACUGAGGCCAAAUACUACAAAACACUUGAAGAUAUAGAAAAGAACUACAUGAACCCACUGAGGCUGGUACUGACUCCCCAAGACAUGGAAGCUAUUUUUAUCAAUUUGGAGGACCUAAUUAAAGUGCACUUCAAUUUCCUGAGAGCCAUCGACGUGUCUAUGAUGUCUGGAGGAAGCAGCCUGGCAAAAGUGUUUCUGGAAUUCAAAGAGAGGCUGCUGAUUUACGGCAAGUACUGCAGCCACAUGGAGUAUGCCCAGAACACGCUCAACCACCUCCUGGCCAACAGGGAGGACGUCAGGCAGAAGGUGGAGGAAUGCACGCUGAAGGUUCAGGAUGGGAAAUUCAAAUUGCAAGAUCUGCUGGUGGUUCCAAUGCAAAGAGUUUUGAAAUAUCACCUCCUGUUAAAAGAGCUGCUCAGCCAUUCCUCAGAUCGGCCAGAGAAGCAACAGCUGAAGGAGGCUCUGGAGGCGAUGCAGGAUUUGGCCAUGUACAUAAAUGAAGUAAAGAGGGACAAAGAGACUUUAAAGAAAAUAAGCGAAUUUCAGAGCUCUAUAGAAAAUCUGCAAGUGAAGCUGGAGGAGUUUGGGAGGCCGAAGAUCGAUGGCGAGCUGAAGGUCCGCUCCAUAGUCAACCACACGAAGCAGGACAGGUAUUUAUUUUUAUUUGAUAAAGUGGUGAUCGUCUGCAAAAGGAAAGGAUACAAUUAUGAGCUGAAAGAAAUUAUUGAGCUGCUCUUCCACAAGAUGACUGAUGACCCUAUGAAUAACAAGGACAUUAAGAAGUGGUCAUACGGCUUCUACCUAAUUCACCUUCAGGGGAAGCAGGGCUUCCAGUUCUUCUGCAAGACGGAGGAAAUGAAGAGGAAGUGGAUGGAGCAGUUUGAAAUGGCCAUGUCCAACAUAAAGCCAGAGAAAGCCAAUGCAAAUCACCAUAACUUUCAGAUGUACACAUUUGAAAAGACUACCAACUGCAAAGCCUGCAGGAUGUUCCUCAGAGGAACCUUCUACCAAGGCUAUCUUUGCCCCAAAUGUGGAGCGGGUGCUCAUAAGGAGUGCUUGGAGAUCAUUCCUCCCUGCAAGAUCGGUUCUUCGGCAGACCAGGAUUCACUGGGUGCUGGACCUGGUCCUAAAAUGGUGGCGGUUCAGAAUUACCACGGAAACCCAGCUCCCCCUGGGAAGCCGGUGCUGACAUUUCAAAUUGGGGAUGUGAUUGAGCUGCUGAGGGGGGACCCCGACUCGCCGUGGUGGGAGGGGCGGCUGCUGCAGACGAAGAAAUCGGGUUAUUUUCCCAGCUCGUCAGUAAAGCCCUGCCCCGUGGAUGCAAGGCCUCCCAACAGCCGGCCGCCCUCGCGGGAGAUAGACUACACGGCGUACCCGUGGUUCGCGGGGAACAUGGAGCGGCAGCAGACAGACAACCUGCUCAAGUCUCACGUCAGUGGCACCUACCUGAUCCGGGAGCGGCCGGCUGAGGCCGAGCGCUUUGCCAUCAGUAUUAAGUUCAACGAGGAGGUGAAGCACAUCAAGGUGGUGGAGAAGGACAACUGGAUUCACAUCACAGAAGCCAAGAAGUUUGAAAGCCUGCUGGAGCUGGUCGAAUACUACCAGAGCCACUCGCUGAAGGAGAGCUUCAAGCAGCUGGACACAACGCUGAAAUACCCCUAUAAGUCUCGGGAGCGCUCUACCUCCAGGACCUUCACCCGCUCUCCAGCCUCCUGCGCUUCCUACAACUUUUCUUUUCUCAGUCCUCAGGGCCUCAACUUUUCUUCUCAGAGCUCCUCCAGUCCCUUCUGGUCAGUGUUCACCCCACGGGUCAUAGGGACGGCGGUGGCACGAUACAACUUCGCAGCGCGGGACAUGCGGGAGCUCUCCCUGCGAGAGGGUGAUGUGGUGAAGAUCUACAGCAGGAUUGGCGGGGACCAGGGAUGGUGGAAAGGGGAAACCAACGGAAGAGUUGGCUGGUUUCCCUCGACGUAUGUGGAAGAGGAGGGGGUGCAAUGACUGCGGGGAUGUGUGAUGGAAAGUUGUCAAGAGCCCAGAGCGAGCUGCUGCAGACCGUGCACACUUGUCCCAGUGCCCGCGGCUCCUGGUGGGACGCGGCCGGGCGCCUCCCGGGACUGCUCUCGCAGACUCUUUAGCAACCCGUUCCUCUGUACAGUGUGUGUGUGCGCGCAUCGGGGCUGCCGCCGGCCUCGCUUCUCUUACAUGUAUAGAAGAUUGAUGGUCCGUGGGAUGACGUUCGUGUAGCAGCUGCAGAAAAGUCCCGGGAAAGCCGCUCUUCCCUGUAUGGACAGAGCUGAGAGACUCUGUGUGGUGCCCACCCGAGGAUGGGGUCCAAAGCCCUUUUAGUAAAGGUGUUUUAAAAGCCACCGUGGUGAUGGUGGUGGGAGGGUGGCUGAAGGUUGGCACCUGGGCUGGUGCCUGGGUGCGCCAAGGUGAGAAUUUGGGAGUUUCUAAGGGGAGGGAGCGACUCAGCCCCGAGGAGACGACGCGGCCCCCCUGCCACGCCGCCGGAGUGGGUCCCCCAGGUCAGGAUUUCAGCAGUCUCCCUGGCAGCCGUGCAGCAGCGCCCAGCAGCAUCAUGCUGCAGCCGGGGUGAGGGGACAGAGCGGGGGCACCUGACCCAGGAAGAGGAAAGAGCUGUUGCUUGUCUCUGAAGGAUGCCAACUGUGAAACCAGCAUGUUUUCACCAUCACACUUUGGCUGGAAGUGGACCUCCAGGUCAGACAGGAGGGGAAAGACCCGCUUUGGCAUCCCAAGCCAGUUUUCCCUACAACCACCAUCAGUCCCACCAGCCUUGCUGUGGGCAGAGGGGCAGCCUGGGGAGCAGACUGGUCCCACUGGUGAGCUGGAGGGCUUGGCACAUUGCAGGACUGGAGAUGUGCUUUGCCACACAAGGGGUUUGGAGGCCACUAAGGCACCAGGUACACACUGAGGAGCAUACAUCCGUGGCUCUGUCCUGCCCUCGCUCCCAGCUUGGUCCUGUUGUGGGAAGGACCUCUCCGAGCCAGGCUGAUUUUUCUUGCAGCCGUGACACCAUCCCACCUCACUGAGCUCAGGGCGGUGAACCCACAGGAGUAAGGGCUAUGGUAUCAACUCGGUUUCUCCCACUGAGUUGUGAAAGCAUCUCUUCUUCCCCAGCUGUGUGCACUUUUGGGGGCUGUGAGCAUUGCGCCCUCUCUUCCUCCCACAGGCUGUUUCUACUGCUGCUGUCAAGUAAAGGUCUCUCUGUGUUGGCGUUGCCGCUGUGUCCCAAGCACCGUCUGUCCGAGUCUGGUCCUUCCAAAGUGCAGCCCCUGUGGUUGGUAGGCAGAGCUGCCGGGUGGAAAUCACAGCCAUCAUCUUCUGCCGGGUACUAGCUUUGCUUUCCCAGCUCUGGAGUUUCCAUCCAAAGCGCAGAUGUGAACAAAUUAUUUGUGCGAGCGUGUGACAGGGAAGAACAUCCCUCUGUCCGAUAUCUGAGCCCCAAGAGGUGCCCUCCAGCCUCUCUGAUAAGUGACAUCUCGAACUGGUACUUCCAUGCCUGGACGUUGUUCCCCUGGUCCUGCCUUGGAACACCGUGUUCCCGGUGUCAGCUCUCAGCAUCGCGCUGGCACAGGUCUGGGAGAUGCCAGCGUUGGGUGGGUGAGCGGUGCUGAUGCCCUCGGUCCCUGGCACAGGGGUGCCACGGCUGCUCCGAAGCCUUGCCGCAAAGGGAGCCGCAGUGCCCUGCUCGGGAUAAUCAAUGGAAGAGAUUUGGGCUCUCCAGGAAAGCGGGAAGAUGUUAACCUGGAAAUUAAAUGUUGCUCAGUGACAAGCCCAGAGCCAUCCUACUUUGCUGCCCAUUCCUCCUGGAGCCCUGCGAUUGCCGCCGCUUUCAGUGCCGUGUGGGGAGUGGGGUGGGUGUCGCUGGGGUCUGGCGGGGGCAGAUGCCCACGGGGGGUUUCACUUGGAGAGGUGAUGGGGACACAGAGGGGCUCGGGGCUUUCCUAAGGUACUGUUUGGUGCUAACCACUGCCGGCUCGGGGUACGCUCACGGGGGGCAGGCAGCAGGGAGCUGGCCAUGCCCUGCUUCUCCUGUGCAAGGGGUCCUGCUCCCACGCCAGUAGCUGCUGGGGCUGAGGGUGUGUUCAGGGUGGAUGGGACGCACGCACCCGAGACAAACUCACAAUGGCUCGUGUUAUGCCUCAGAUCCUAAAGCCUUACAUGACCCUCCUUAAAGUGGCCGAUUUUGUAUGGCAGCAAGGGUAUCCCCUCUGGAAGAGCACGUCCUCCGUCAUGGGGACUGUGGCACCGUCUCUCCUUUAUGCCCCAAAAGGAUCCCCAGCUGCCUGCGCUCCCUCCCAGGCCUGCCAAAUCUGCCCUCCAGAGAGCUCUCCUUCUUGUGUUUACUGUUGUAAGAAACUUGUUAAAAAGAUUGUUUUGUUUGUAAGUAAUUAUUCAGCCAUUUGCCACAAUAUAUAUCUGUGAAUAAGAAAGGGAAAUGUUUUUUUAUGAUGGUGAGAAAGUUGUAUAUAUAUUUUAGUUCAUCGCAGAUCAUUCAAAAUUGCAAUGGGAUACGUUGGAAAAUAAUAUGUAAAUUCCUUGGGUUUUUCCUUUGCACUGCACUAACUGGGGUGGGGUGGAGGGGGGUUAAAGAUAAAACUGUUUGUUUAUGGAAUAGUUUAUAGCUGGGAAUUUGGAAAUCAUUUGGAGUAGCUUGUAAUGCUGGAAUAGAAACUUUAGCUGCUACUUAGAAACCCUUUUGCAUGUGGUUUUUCCAGACCUUUUUAAGUUACAAUACAUCAAAGUAAAUUCCACAAUGAAAAAAUAAAGUGUAAUUUUGCUGAUA